AUGCGGAGCCGCCCGUCCGCUUUCGCCUACCCGGAUUUUCGAUUUCGGAUUGCAAUGGCACAUGAAAACUUCCCAAAGUUGCCCAAAGCGCUUCGAGAAAAGGGGAUUUUAUCGAGUGAAGCACUGGUGGCAGGCGAUGCUGGGGAGGUUCAAGAGGGUGAUGUGGUUUGGGUGAGGACGCUCUUUGUCAGCGGUUUGCCUCUGGACAUCAAACCCCGGGAGCUCUACCUGCUCUUCAGGCCCUUUAAGGGAUACGAAGGCUCCCUUAUCAAACUCACCUCCAAGCAGCCCGUCGGCUUUGUCAGCUUCGACAGCCGCUCCGAGGCAGAGGCAGCCAAAAACGCCCUGAACGGCAUCCGCUUCGAUCCCGAAAUCCCCCAAACGCUGCGGCUGGAGUUCGCCAAGGCCAACACCAAGAUGGCCAAGAGCAAACUGGUGGGGACCCCCAACCCCAGCGCGCCGCUCAUUUCGUGACGCCGCUUCCUUCUCUUUGCAGACGAGCUCACGGUGCCUGCACUUUACCCCGGCAGCCCUGAAGUGUGGGGGCCGUACCCCCUGUACCCGGCGGAGUUAGCGCCUGCUCUACCUCCUCCUGCUUUCACCUACCCCGCUUCGCUGCACGCCCAG